AUGCACUUCCUCAGCAGUCUGCUUGUCGGCGCCACGGCUCUCGUCUCCUUCGUUGCCGCUCAGUCCAACACUCUGAUUCUCACUGGUGUCCCCAAUGAGGUCGAGGCCGGGCAGACCUACACUCUCACCUACGUUGCGCCUGAGAUCGAUGAGCCAGUGACCAUCACUCUUCGCGAGGGUGACUCGGGCAACCUUAACACCAUUGCUACUCUGACUUCAUCCGCAACCGGUGGUACCUACCAGUGGACCGUCGCUGGUGACCUUUUCAACUCUGCCGAUUACGCCCUCCAAAUCACUCAAGGUGAUCAGAUCAACUACACUGGCAAGAUCGCUCUGUCUGGUGGCUCCGGCGAACAACCAGAGUCGAGCUCAUCCGAUGCGCCUUCUUCGACUCCAACUCCAACUCCUUCGUCCAUCGCAUCAUCGACUGUUCACAGCAGCGCUGUUGUCACUACUCCCAUCACCACCCCAUCACCCACCCAUAACAACUCUACCAUGAUCACAUCGGCAACUCCAUCUCCCUCCAGCGCCGGAUCACCCACGAACCCUGGCCAAACUACCGGUACUGGUCCGUCAGCUCCUACUGACACCGGCGCCGCAGUCAACCUCAAGAGCCCCGCCGCUCUUGUCUUGGGUGCUAUCGUCGCUCUUGCUUACCUCCAGUAA